UCUCAGUUCAGAGGGAAAGCUUUUCUUCUCACAGCAGCAGCGGGGAUUUUGUGACUGCACACGCUGGAUAUUCAUCACAUUCAGAAGCUCACUCACUGCUCAGACCAGGACUCUUCCCGGGCUCGUCUAUCCCUCCCCUCACCACCUCUCUGAUUUGGGCCUUCGGUGCUUUUUUCCAUUUUUAAUUUUUUAUUUUUGAACAUUUUCCCCUCCUGACAGUUUCUCUGUGGCGCACUCAGGUUUCCUCUGCUGACAUGGUAGAUUAUCACGCUGCCAAUAACCAGUCCUCGGCUGGAGGGGCGCAGACCUACAUGGAGCAGGAGAAUGACUGGGACCGAGACCUGCUGCUGGACCCGGCCUGGGAGAAGCAGCAGAGGAAGACCUUCACGGCCUGGUGUAACUCCCACCUGAGGAAAGCCGGCACACAGAUCGAAAACAUCGAUGAGGACUUCAGAGAUGGACUCAAACUUAUGCUGCUGCUGGAGGUCAUCUCAGGAGAACGGUUACCCAAGCCUGAGCGAGGAAAGAUGAGGGUCCACAAGAUCAACAACGUCAACAAAGCUCUGGACUUCAUCGCCAGCAAGGGGGUCAAACUGGUCUCUAUCGGAGCAGAGGAAAUCGUGGACGGAAACUCAAAGAUGACCCUGGGAAUGAUCUGGACCAUCAUCCUCCGCUUCGCCAUCCAGGACAUCUCUGUAGAAGAGACUUCUGCGAAGGAGGGUCUGCUCUUGUGGUGCCAGAGGAAGACCGCUCCCUACAAGAAUGUCAAUGUGCAGAACUUCCACAUUAGCUGGAAGGACGGCCUCGCCUUCAACGCUCUGAUCCACAGACACAGACCUGAUCUCAUCGACUAUGACAGCCUCAGAAAGGAUGACCCUGUGACCAAUCUGAACAACGCUUUUGAGGUGGCUGAGAAGCACCUGGACAUCCCUAAGAUGUUGGACGCAGAAGACAUCGUGGGUACGCUGAGGCCAGAUGAGAAGGCCAUUAUGACCUAUGUGUCCUGCUUCUAUCAUGCCUUCUCUGGCGCACAGAAGGCUGAGACGGCCACCAAUCGUAUCUGCAAAGUGCUGGCUGUUAACCAGGAAAACGAGAAAAUGAUGGAGGACUAUGAGAAACUGGCCAGUGAUCUGCUGGAGUGGAUCCGUCGUACGAUCCCCUGGCUGGAGGACAGGACCCAGGAAAAGACCAUGAAUCAAAUGCAGUGCAAACAGGAGGAUUUCAGAGAGUACCGACGUGAACAGAAACCGCCAAAGGUCCAGGAUAAAUGUCACCUUGAGAUCAGCUUCAACACUCUGCAGACUAAACUGAGACUUAACAACAGACCUGCCUUCAUGCCAUCAGAGGGACGCAUGAUCAGUGAUAUCAAUGCAGCAUGGCACACUCUGGAAGGGGCAGAGAAAGGUUAUGAAGAGUGGAUCCUCAGUGAGAUCAGACGUCUUGAGAGACUCGAACACUUGGCUGAUAAAUUCCGCCAGAAGGCUACCAUCCACGAAGGCUGGACUGAAGGUAAGGAGGCCAUGCUGACUCAGAAAGAUUACGAGACUUGCAGCCUGUCAGAAGUGAAGGCGUUGCUACGAAAACAUGAGGCCUUUGAGAGCGACCUGGCAGCUCAUCAGGACCGAGUGGAGCAGAUCGCUGCCAUCGCACAAGAACUGAAUGAGCUGGACUACUAUGACUCUGCCAGUGUCAACAGUCGCUGUCAGAAGAUCUGCGAUCAGUGGGACGUCCUGGGAUCCCUCACGCAGAGCCGCAAAGAAUCACUGGAGCGGACAGAGAAGCAGCUGGAGUCGAUAGAUGAGCUUUACCUGGAGUAUGCCAAGAGAGCAGCACCCUUCAAUAACUGGAUGGAGGGGGCAAUGGAGGACCUGCAGGACAUGUUCAUCGUCCACAACAUCGAUGAGAUCCAGGGUCUAAUCACAGCCCAUGAGCAGUUCAAAUCCACCCUUCCAGAGGCUGACAAGGAGCGGGAGGCUAUCCUGGCAAUCCAGGGUGAGGUGCAGAAGAUCGCAGAGAGCAACGGCAUCAAGAUGAGUGGAGACAACAAUUACACCACUAUCACACCCAAGUGCAUCAACGACAAAUGGGGAAAGGUACAAGAGUUGGUGCCGCAGCGUGACGCAGCUCUGCAGGGGGAGCUCGAGAAGCAGAACAGCAACGACAGCCUGAGAGCCAAGUUUGCCACUCAGGCAAACGCGGUUGGUGGCUACAUCCAAGUCAAGAUGGAGGAAAUUGGCAAGAUAUCUAUUGAAAUGAACGGCACUCUGGAGGACCAGCUAACCAACCUGAAGGAGUACCAGGAGAGCAUCAUGUCCUACAUGCCAGAGAUCAACACACUGGAGGGAUACCACCAGCUAAUCCAGGAGGCCCUCAUCUUUGACAACCAGUACACCCCAUACACAAUGGAGCACCUCCGCGUGGGUUGGGAGCAGCUGCUCACCACCAUUGCCAGAACCAUCAAUGAGGUGGAGAACCAGAUCCUGACACGUGACGCCAAGGGCAUCAGCCAGGAGCAGCUCUUUGAGUACCGCGCCUCCUUCAACCACUUUGACAAGGACCACAGCGGGGCCCUGCAGGCCGAGGAGUUCAAAGCCUGUUUGAUCAGUCUGGGCUACGAUGUGGAGAACGACAAGCAGGGUGACGCCGAGUUCUCUCGUAUCAUGGGCAUUGUGGAUCCCAACGGCGUCGGUGCCGUCACCUUCCAGGCCUUCAUUGACUUCAUGUCGAGGGAAACGACUGACACGGACACCGCAGACCAGGUCAUCGCCUCCUUCAAGGUCCUGGCUGCUGAUAAGAAUUACAUCACUGCAGAUGAGCUGAGGAGGGAGCUCCCCCCCGACCAGGCAGAGUACUGCAUCGCCCGCAUGGCACCCUACAACGGGCCUGACACUGUCCCCGGAGCCCUUGACUACAUGUCCUUCUCCACCGCCCUGUACGGAGAGAGUGACCUGUAGAGGAGGAAGAGGAUGAGGAGGGCUGGACAGACGAGGGAGGGGGGAGAGAGGAGGAGGAGGGAAGGGGAGGGAGAGGGUGUUUCUGUGCGCAGAGGAGACGCCAGGAAUCGAAGGUUUGGAAGGAUUUGAGUGGUUGUGAGGUGCCCCUGCGUGUGUAGAAAAGUUUCCGAUUCUGAGGUGUUGAUUGGACUGUAGUUUGGUUUGGCUCUGCUCUGCUCUGCUCUGCGGGUUGUUUUCAGCUCCGUUACAUUGUUUUAGGUGGACAGGGAUCGAGGUCAGUUUGUCACAGAGUUUUAUACGAGCAGGCGUCUCCAGGGGGGCAGCAGUUGGACGAGGGGACAAACGUCUGUAGUGGGGGUCCUUAGCUUCACCCAGUCUGCCUUCGAGGGGUCAAACGAGGGAAGGACCGGGGUUUGGACUAGGG